AUGAAGCGAUUUCCGAGGAGAUUUGUGCGAGUUUUCUCCAGGAUUUUAUUGCUAGUAAGUUUGGCUGGCUUUAUAGCUUUCAUAGGAGUACACAGUGAUUUUUCCACUUUAUCGUCUCAAUUUCGGUUCAAAUUUAUCUCUAGUGGAGAUCAUAAGGCAAAUAAUGAGCACGAGAACACUCAGGUUGACAGAAAUGAGAUUCAUCCGGUGAUUAGUUGGGAGAAAAUCAAGGAAAAACUCACAUUUACCGGGACAUCGGAGUUAUCAACCAAGCAGAUCGUCAAAAAGAACUAUAUACAGCUCGGAGAGAUAAUGGGGAAGCCGAUAGACUUGCCGAAGGUGGACAACUUGGUGGGGCCGCCGGAAAAUGCAGAAAAAUACGAAAGAGCAAAUGGUACACUGAUGAUUCUCACAAGAAACAGAGAUGCAGGGGCCGUAGUGUACACAGUGAAGCAGAUAGAGGAGCACUUCAACAAGAAAUUCCACUAUCCGUAUGUCUUCCUCAACGAGGAGAAGUUCACAGAACGAUUUAAGAGCCGGAUCAAGAACUAUGUGUCAGGAGAGUGCUAUUUUGAACAAGUUGCACCAGAGGAUUGGGUGCAACCAGAGUUCAUAGAUAAGAACAAGCAGAACGUGGGCAUGCUGAAGUUGGCCAGAGAGAAUGUUGCGUAUGCCAGAAAGCUCUCGUACCAUAACAUGUGCCGAUAUUACAGCCGUGGAUUCUACAAUCACCCAAGAAUGAAGCAGUUCCGGUACUACUGGCGGUUCGAACCCGGCACCGACUACUUUUGCGAUAUAGACUAUGACGUGUUCAAGUUCAUGCAGGACAAUGACAAGACGUACGGGUUCACCAUCAGCAUUUACGAUAUUAGGCAGUCCUUGAGAAACAUAUGGCCAGAUACACUAGAGUUUGUCGAAAAGCAUCCCGAGUACGUUAAUCCGAAUGGUGCGAUGUCCUGGCUCACAAACAGCCUUCAAAAGCCGGAGAACGCCGAGGAAACUGACGGUUAUUCCACAUGCCACUUCUGGUCGAAUUUCGAGAUUGCAGACAUGAACUUUUUCCGGUCCAAGCCUUACAGUGAGUGGGUAGAGUACUUGGAUAAAACGGGUGGCUUUUACUAUGAGCGUUGGGGAGAUGCCCCUGUGCAUACAAUUGGAUUAUCUCUAUUCGCAGACCGCAAACGCAUCCACUGGUUCCGCGAUAUAGGAUACAAGCAUGUGCCGUACACGAACUGCCCAAAUUCCGAAAAGUGCAGCCGAUGCACACCGGGGAAAUUUACAUACAUGAAUCUUUGGAGUGAGAACUGCUUGACAAAUUGGUGGAAUUUAGAGAUGGAUGAUGAGCAGAAGUCGCUUUACUAG